UUUUAUUCCUCCACGCAUCAAUCGAAAGAUCGGCAGUGGCGUGAUAUUUCUGUCUGAUGCUGAAGCAAAGAUCGGAUGUCGAUCAUUUUUUCUUAGUAUUUUGAGCUGAUAUGAAUAAAAUUGGUUCUAGUCUUUAGCACAUCUUUCUUUAGCAGCGCUCUUAAAUUCAUAAAUAGAUAGGUUUGGGAUGUUCCCCCCCUACAAAAAGCAUAUUAAUUAAUAAAUUAUUGUUUCUUGUGCUUUUAUAUAAAUAUUGAUAGGGCUGUAAUAUAGAUUUUUUUUUAACAAGUGAAAUAUAUUGAACUGCAUUGGAAUGUUUUACUUUGGGUAACCGUUUCCCAUAUUAAGCCAUUGGUAACACCAUGAUUUGAAAUUCUUUUAUCUCGCAGUUUAUUCAGCUGGUACUCAGAAAGGUAUUUCAUUUUCGAUUAAAAUUUAUUUUGUAAUCGAGCAAUUAAUAUAGUAGCUGACGCAAUUAGCGCUCUGUUUUGCUACGAGAAUUAGGGAUUUAAAAACGGCAUUUUGAAAGACACAUCAAGUUUUUCGGCAACCAUGCGUUUCCCCCGGCCGUUACGCUGCAGCGGGCCUUUGAGUUUCCUCGAUCUCCGCACUGCGACCGCAGUCGGGGCCUACGCGUCGUUUGCUAAGGACGUGUUGCGGACGCUACUCUCAUCACCAAAACUGUCAAUGCGGCGGAACGUCGUUAGAACCCGACGCGUACUUAUGUCCCAUUUGUCGAACUUUUUGUCCCGUCCUCCAGUAGGUGACUUAUUUACUAUUGUUCAUCGUCAUGCCGAUGGUGAUUGUAACACAAUAUCUCCUACCGAUGUGUUAUGGAUGUUGGUGUUUAGGAAGAAGGAGAUGCUGGACUACGCCUGGAAGCUGGCGAAGGACGAGGUGACCCUGCAUAAAUUGGAAAAUUUAGUUCGGAAUAAAAUAUUAUUUUAUGUUGCUCAUCAAGUUCAUCAAGUGCUGACAGAAUUUUGCCUCAUGUGCAAACGUGAUAGAUCAAAAGAGCUUAUUCAGAGGGCGAUUCUGGAAAAUGACUUCAUGAAAAACUUAGAAACCGUUCAAAUUCGUGAAAUUACAGACUGCAUGUAUCCUGUAGAAUAUGGCCAAGAUAGCGUUAUCAUUAAAGAAGGUGAAGUUGGCAGUGUCGUCUUUGUUAUGGAAGAAGGCAAAAUUGAAGUUUCUAAAGGAGGUCGUUACUUGUGUACUUUAGGACCUGGAAAAGUAUUUGGAGAACUAGCCAUUCUGUACAACGGCACACGAACCGCCACUGUUACUGCUCUUAGUGAUUGCAGGCUGUGGGCUAUUGAAAGGCAGUGCUUCCAAACUAUCAUGAUGAGAACUGGGCUAGUUAGGCAAGCACAAUACACUGAUUUCUUAAAAAGUGUACCCACAUUUAGGAAAUUGAAAGAAGAAACUCUCAUAAAGAUUGCGGAUGUUUUAGAAGAGAUAACAUACAAAUUUGGAGACUACAUCAUUCGUCAAGGAGCUAGAGGAGAUACCUUUUUCAUAAUUAGCAGAGGCAAGGUGAAAGUUACUAUAAAUGAUCCCGUGGAGCAAACUGAAAAAUAUGUCAGAACUCUAUGUUAUGGUGACUUUUUUGGAGAAAAGGCUUUGCAAGGUGAGGAUGUUCGAACAGCGAAUAUUGUUGCUGAUGAUCCUGAAGGAGUAACUUGUUUAGUCAUUGACAGAGAUGCAUUCCAUCAACUUAUUAGUCAUAUUGAUGAAAUAAAAACGAAGAGGUAUGAUGAGGAUGCCAGUUUUAGAAGGAAAGCAAAUGAAGAAUUUUCUGACAUUAGGCUUAGUGAUUUGAGAAUUGUUGCAACUCUUGGUGUAGGAGGAUUUGGUCGUGUUGAAUUGGUUCAACUAAACAAUGACAGUACACAAUCAUUUGCUUUAAAAGUUAUGAAGAAAGCACAGAUAGUGGAGACUCGCCAACAACAGCAUAUAUUAUCAGAACGAAUUAUAAUGGAAGAAUCAAAUUGUGAUUUUAUUGUGAAAUUGUAUCGUACAUUUAAAGAUAAAAAGUACUUAUAUAUGUUAAUGGAGGCGUGUUUAGGUGGUGAACUUUGGACUUUACUGAGAGACAGAGGAUCAUUUGAUGAUUCUACUACUCGCUUUUAUGCUGCUUGUGUUGUCGAAGCUUUUGAUUACUUGCAUUCAAGAAAUAUUAUUUAUCGAGAUCUGAAACCAGAGAACAUGCUUCUUGAUUCUCAAGGUUAUGUGAAAUUGGUUGAUUUUGGUUUCGCUAAGAAGUUACCAAAUGGUCGCAAAACAUGGACGUUUUGUGGUACUCCUGAAUAUGUAGCUCCUGAAGUCAUUCUAAAUCGUGGCCAUGAUACAUCUGCUGAUUUUUGGUCUUUAGGUGUUCUCAUGUUUGAAUUGUUAACUGGCACACCACCAUUUACUGGUCCUGAUCCUAUGAGGACGUAUAAUAUAAUCUUGAAAGGAAUUGACAUAGUUGAGUUUCCUAGAUCAGUAUCUAGACAUGCAGCGAAUUUGAUAAAGCGAUUAUGUCGGGACAAUCCUUCAGAAAGAAUAGGUUAUCAAAAAGGUGGAAUCAAAGAAUUACAGAAGCACAAGUGGUUUGAUGGAUUCAAUUGGGAUGGCUUGUCCAAUCGAAAUUUAAUGCCUCCUAUUUUACCUAGGGUCAGGAAUUGUUUUGAUACUGGUAAUUUUGAUCAUUAUCCCCCAGAUGCUAGUGGUCCACCAGUAGAUGAUGUUACAGGUUGGGAUGCAGAAUUCUAGAAGAGAUUUAUAUGCAUUUUGUUCAGUGUUUGAUUUCAGCUGGCUCUGAUUGCUCAGACUGCUGAAGAUACUAUCUUUAAAAUAUACCAUUAGACUUUCCAUACAAAGGCUUCCUUGUUAAUGUUAUUACUAUUUGGAAUAACUAUUUUUUCCAUGGACAUUAUGGAUUCAUUUAUAAAUAAUAGUGGUUGUUCACUGGAUAACUAUGAAAGCUGAAAUUUGAAAUUGUUGAUUGUUUAAAGUAGACUUUCUAUCUUGCAUCAUAAUGACUUGUGUGCUUUUUACAAGUGUACAAUAUUUGAAGUUUUUAAAAAUAUUUUUUUUGUAUUAAUGCAUACAUUAUUUAAAACAUAAUUAAAAUUUUAUAAAGUUUUAAUUUCAGUAAUUAUAAUAAAUCGCUUUUUGUUUCAAGCAUGAAUUUAUAUUCCUUCACAUAAUAAGAACAUGAAUAACUUUUAAGAAAAUUCUAAUUUGUAAAAAUUAUUGUAUAUUAUGACUGUAGCUAAUUUUUAUAAAACAGAUUUAGUUCCUAUAAAUAUAUUAUUGUAAUUUGUGUAAUAAGGCAGUCAAAUUAUAUUUAAUUUAAAUGUAUUAUAAUUAUUUCUGGUAUUUUUAAACUAGAUGAAAUGAAUUAGAAUGAAUAUUAUUUUAAAAUGUUUUCAUGAAUAAUAUUUGUGAUUACAAAACCUAUCCUAUGCAUAACUUUAUUAUGUCCGUAAUUAUGACAUUUUAUAUUUAUAAUUUUAAUUUAUUAGUUGAAAUGAAUGUCCUAUGAAGACAGUGUACAUUCAAUUUAGCAGCACUUAUUUAUAUAUAUGACUUUUUUAAAGAAGGAAUGGUGCAAUUUAUGAAAAUACAGUAAUUUAUUAUAAAAUAUUUCAUCGAGCUUCUCUGGUAUCAACUGUGAUGGAACAAUCAUAUUAAUCCAAAAGUAGCAGUCUGAUGUACAUUUUUGGUGUAUAUGUUAUAUUGCUGUCUGUUAAUUUUUAGUUUGUUAAAUAUUUAUAAAGACAUGACUUACCAUUAGUCAUGGUCAAACUUGAACUGUAUAAAAUGUACAUAUGAAAUGCUUGUAUACAAAUGCUCAAACUGAUCAAGGUAAAUAUUGAUUGCUUUUAUCCACAAACUGGCAAAGUGUGCUGUUAUUUAUGUGAGUGAUUAAUAGAAGAUACUUAACAAAUGAAGUAACUUGCAGUUGUGAAAAUAUUUGUGUAAAAAGAAAUAUAAAAGUUGUUUAUUUUGUUAAUAAUAUGGAAGAUAUAUGUGAUAUUAUGUGUAUAUUCUAUGUAUUGUAAUUUUAAAUAAAUAGUUUUCAUUGUUUUAGUA